AUGGCUACUUCUACUAAGAUUUGCUUGACCCCAGCCAAUGGGGGCGUUUUCAGUGCACCCGGACUCAGCUGGGCAUCCGCUCGUAAAGUGAGCGAGGUGCUCCAGCACGACAUGGAAAACCAUCACAUCUAUCUCAACAACAUUGAAUUUCACGAUCAUAUCGUGCAUUUUAUGCUUACAAUUUGGGCUCUUGGUGCGUCGCCUGAAACAAUUCAGGCGCAAUAUGAGCGAGAAAGCCAGCGCCAGCGGGCCGCGAUCCCCCGAGAUGAAGCCGUGAUCCAGUCUUUCUCCGAUAAGAAGGAAUGCUUGAAGCAUAUGUAUCAAGAAGAGCACUAUUCUAAUUACCUUGCCUUCUUCCAACGUGUGAUCGGGGAGAAGGGCGUCUCCGCUGUCAUCAAGGAGUAUCUUUUCGGUGGCGAUGAGCUCGCCGAGUCGCUACUCUCCCGGAUGUUCGCGGGCCUGGUCCACCCCAUUAUCCAUCUGGGUUUUGGGAUUGAGUUCCAGCAGCCGGCGAUUGUCGCCCAGGCCUUGGCACAGGCCGCAGUGCAUCAGGAUUAUCUCGCAGACAGCUUCUACAAGCCCGCUGCGGCCUCUGCUAAGUCUCACAAGACAAGCAAGAGUCUGAUAGAGAUUAUCGAGGAGAUGCGUGCAAAUCAGACAAUCCGAGACGCUGCCGUCCACGGCGACACCGAUGUUUUUGCGCCUGGUAUCUUGUCGAGAGCCAGCGAAGAGGUCAUUGAGUCUAUCAGCCAAUGGACAGUACCUGAGAAUCAAAUUCAUCACAAAUUGAUUGAGAUGAUCAACACCGCCAUCUACUGGACUGCGACCGCCCAGAACCCGAGGAAGCAGUUGAAGCUCGACUUCUUUUUCAUUCACGCCGUGAAUCUGUCAAUAUUUUUCAAGGCUUUUAUGGACCUGCCAUAUUUGAGUGCUGCCAACAAAGCACGCCUACUGGAGAUGAAAGGCCGUAUGGAUCUUUUGAUCUGGGCAUCGCGCAAAAUGCCAGACCCGCAACCCGGCGAUGUUCUCAGCUAUCCUAUCCAUCAUGGUUGGCCGGAAGUCUUCGCCAAGAGCUAUCUUCAUCCGACUGAUGACGGCCACUUAGCUAAAUUUGUUCGUACUGUCGCCAUGGCAGAGGAGCUCUGCCGUCCCCAUGAGGUGUCCGGAAAGAAACUUCCUGUCAGCGGAGAUAUGUGGCUCCAGAUCGGCAAUAUCGCUGUGGACUCGGUGGGAUUGAUCUUCAAAGACCUGUGGGUGCGAGGAUCUGGGUUUCCAGAGUCUUGGGAGAAGUUUGGACCUCGAAAGUAG